AUGGAACGUUCUUUAGUCAAGGCAGCCAUGAGGGGCAAUGAAAUAGUCGGUCGAGCUCUCUAUGAUCAAUCCAUGCACCUGUGGGAUAGGUCAACAGGGAAUGUGGUAGAUUUCACCAGUAGAUUUACUUUUGCUAUCGAUUCUAAGAGCCGCACGGAAUUUGCUGAUGGAUUGGCUUUUUCUCGCCCCCAUGGAUCACAGAUUCCUGAAGGCUCAAAAGGAGGCUCUCUAGGCCUCACGAACUCUACCAACUCCGGUCUUGCAUUUGUUGCAGUAGAGUUCGAUACUUCCACAAAUAAUGGACUGGAUCCAGGCUGUUAUCAUGUUGCUAUCGAUGUAGAUAGCUUGGUUUCUGUCCAUCACGCUUGUGUCCCGUGGGUAAAGUACAGCAUACUCAACGGUGAACAACUUCAUGCUCAGGUGACAUUUAAUUCUACGGAAAAGAAUUUGAGUGUUGUUUUCGCAGAUUCUAGUAAUAAUUCAACCAACCUCCACUAUCAUCUAGCCCAUCUGACGGACAACUUGCCAGAAUGGGAUUUGGCUGGUACCGUUAUUGGCCAAGGAGAAAUAGAAAUGGUCCAAAUGGAGAAGAAGAUGAUUUUCAAUCAAUUGAUGAAGGAUUUGAACAGUCGACGGGACCCAAGAAAUACUCCUAUGGCGUGUUGA